UUAUGAUUGCCCCAUAAAAUAGAAACACGAUGAUCGUCCAGUGUUUAUGUUUUUUCAAGACUAAGUGCAAAGAUGACCUCUUCAUUAUCGCCCGUUCCCAAGAUGCUACUUCUGCCUCCUUGCAUAGUACUCUCCGUACAACUAGCAGGAGUAUUUCUGCUCUCCGGAUAUUUUCCUCGUACUAAUGCCGCCGGUGAUUCGAACGAUGCACCGCAUCAGGCGGAAUCAGAAGACAAGGACAACUCGAAAUGUCCGACAUCACCAGGCGUACUCGGAGACGACCCGUCACGAAGAUGUGAGCGUCCAGGACGGCAGGGUAACCUCGGAGACUCAUUUUCAGACGAGCAUUUCGCUGUGGCUUUCGCACACCUUUCAUCGUCGAGGACGGGAGCCGGGGCAGAAGGAUAUGGAACGGACGAGAGCGCUAAACUUGACGAGCUGCAGAACUUACGACGACACUGCUAUGACAUUGAUGCAGCUUUCCUAUGUUGUAUUGUAAGUAAUCGAAAACUCAAAUAAAUAACCGAGUUACUGACUGAAAUAAGGUACUUAGGCAGCUUAACACCAAGGCUACUCUUCCUUCUCGUCAGUAUCUCGGUUAUUCUGAUCAGUUACUUGCUUAUUUCAGUUUAUCGAAUAGAAAGUAGGCACGGUAGAUAGGUGUUUACUCCGUGACGGUUUUGUUCCUCAACAAGUUGGGAGUUUGUUCAACAGCUUCUUCUAAUAUCCUCCACUGCACACUACAACGCAAAGCAACCACUUACUUCUAGUUCUACGACGCGGCAACAGCAAUCUCCUCCCAAGAACAAGUGGCGUUCCCACGUGCGUUACCUCUACCCAACACCCAUCGAGGUGAUCAAUGUGACGAGCGACUUAGAGGCAGCCGCGAUUGAGGGUCCUGCUUUUAACCGGCGCAUAGCGAAAGAGGCUACUCGUGAGUGGCGAAAAUUACGAGAUACGUUUCUGCCGGCACUGGAGAAAGUUGAAAGGGCUUCGCGUGCACAGGCACGAGGACUACCGAAAAACUUCCUACUAGUCCAAAACGACGAAGUCGGUCUCAACGAUGCUUUUUACUACUACCAACGAGCGAUGUUCGAGACUGGCGGAUUUGGAAGCGAUGAGAAUUUCUUACAGUGGGCAGAGACAGCCGAGGAUUCUCUUCUCGAACAACCUGGUGGCACGAAACGAAAGGUGGAGGAAAAAGCCGAGCAUAGGAAAAAUUCCACUUGGGCAGGUAUGGAGGGUUUACCGGAGUACCAGAGACUCCGAACGCUCAUCGCCCAGCUGGCUUUGCGCUAUCUGCAGGAGCAUGUGGGAGUGAUGCGAAAUGUGAAUCUUCUUGAUACAUCAUUUAAGGGUAGGUUAAAGGUGCUUUUGUGACCGUUUGUUAUGGCUCUCCUACGGGGGACAGCCAUAACAAGCGGGAUAAACGAACACCAAAAACCUACCUGUAAACCAUCUGGCGAUGAGGAACGUGGCAAGCAACUACCUUCUCCAGAAUCCCUAUUCAGCAUUCAAAGUUGGUUUUCAGUGCAGCCUUUUGGCGGUUGGCAUGGUGCGCACACUCACACUGGCGAAUACGUCUGUGGAGUCUACUAUGCUUCCAUGAAGACGUCCUCUUCUAGUAGCACUUCUUCCAGGAAAGAGCGUGAACAAGAUACAACUACUACUAGUACAUCAUGGAAGAAAGCACCACCAUCAGAAUCAGUGGAUCAUUUAAGGGUUACAACCACAUUGCAUUCUUCACUACCAUCCUUGAGCUUGACUUUUUUUCCAGUAGGAAAAGGGUCAGGGAUGACCAGAUGAAGAAUACAAUGCCGCCACCUCUAAUGGAUCAUGAAGCAGAAGAAGGAAGUGGAGGAGGCAACUUACGUUUUGGAGAUCCACGAGGAGCUAGUCCACCCUUCGGUCACGAAGUCCUGUUUAGGCCGUUGCCUGGCCAGAUCAUCCUAUUUCCUUCUUGGAUGCCACACGAAGCAUUGUUAAGGCUACCUCCGCUAUAGUCAUCUCUAUACUAUAGACUUUGGAUUUGUUUACCACACAUAUAGUAUAGUCAUCCCUCAACCGUAUGCGCCCCAAUGCAAGGGGAAUAUUGACCCAUACGCUUGAGGGAAGAUUUCCACAGGGAUGACUUAGGAAGAGGUCUAACAUUGUCAUCGAUGUCGUCUGCCUUUGAAUUUGAUCAACAAGAUCAAAGUGAAGUAGAUGACUUGCGUGUGGUGAUGGCAUUCAACAUUGGCCCAAAGGAGGGCAGUCCAGCACCUAGGCAUUGGUACCUCGAUCCAGUUAGCAAGAUAGUUCUGGAGCGCAAGCCCGCGAUACAGAAUUUGUUUGUCGAGGAGAGAACCAACGAAACAAAAGAAGUAGAAGCAUUAAGGCUCAGCUUUCAAUGGUCAUUGGGGUUGGUCACUGAGAUCGAAGAAGCGACUUCCCCUUGAGAGGACAACAGGGGAAAAGGAAAGGAAAGGGGAGAGCUUUGCAGGGAGUCUCUUCCGUUCAGCAUCAGUGACCAUUGAAUGCUGAGCUUUAAAAGCACCAGAAGAUAGAACUAUCUUCACCUUAACAGGUGGUAGAACAACACAAGAAGAGCACCAUGACGACCACAUCAUUGAAGUGCAAUCUAAAGCAGCUUACAGAGCUUGGAAUUUCGAUUUGCUAGGAGGACCCGAUCUUUUUUCAUACCUCACACGACCACUCACAUUUUAAGGCAGCAAAAUAAUGGUGGUCUUACAACAACAAAAAACAUAUAAAUUAUAUAUAGUGUACUAGUCGUCAACCUCAAUCAUGUUCUUUAACUACAGUUGCGGCAUGAAGUAAACCGAAGCCUCUUUCUAAUCAUCUUUGCGGUAGAUGAAGAACUUCUUAUCAACUACAUCACGCGGGGGGCAGGCUGCAGAACAAGAUGAAGACACUUGCGCAUCACAACAUCUAAUGAAGAAAGGGUAUCUGGAUGAAGACACAUGAAAAUGUACUUGAUGAUAAUGACACCGCUUACUUUCUUGUUGGAAGUCGUUCUACUUAUGAAAACAGUCAAAGUUGUCAUGAUUCUCCUUCUCCUCGCAUCAUCG